CAACGUGUGACCUCUCAAUCACCUCCCGACUCCCGACCAAGUUAGAGUCGGCAUUGUCGCGGAGUCCGGACGGUCCAUUGGCCUUGAAGACUGGCGAACGCAGCGCCGGACAGUUUUCUUCGGACGACCCAGUCCUCCAGCCCAUGCGGAUUCACGUGCGUCUCCUGAGCGGGCGCCUGGCCUCGGUGGACAGCCUGGGUCCUGAGAGCUUCGUCUAUGACUUGCGCCGCCGGGCGGAGAAGGAUCUGCAAGUUGGCAUCUCAUCUCUGUCGUGCCGAAACGAAGUCUUGAGUGGAACGUCCACCCUGGCCGAAGUGGGCCUGGAGGACGGCGACACGGUGAAUGCGGUGGUGCGAAGGCCCACCUUGGCCUCCUCCAUCCGAUGCCCCAGCUUUGUGCUGAUCCAGGGGGAUGGAAGUCUGGUCACCUGGGGUGCUGGAUCCUCCACCUCUCAGCCACCUUGUGUGCAGCAAGUGGCCUUGUCAGAGACCGCCUGUGCAGCGGUGCGGGAGGCCGGGGAUGUGGUGACUUGGGGCGAAGCGAAGCAGUGUGACACUCACCUGGUCCAGAAUCAUCUCAAGAAUGUGCGAGAAGUUGUCGCUACAGGACAUGCUUUCGCAGCACUGAGGGAAGAUGGCGAGGUGGUGACAUGGGGGCAUAUUGUCAGCGGGGGCGAGAGCAACCAAAUCCGGAACAAGCUUCAUGCAGUUCGACAAAUCGCAUCUUCCAUGCACGCGUUUGCAGCGCUUCGAAAAGAUGGAAGUGUAGUGACUUGGGGAGAAAACGAAUCUGGUGGUGACAGCAGCAAAGUGCAAGCCCAGCUCCGCGAAGUCCAUGCGAUCAUCGGCGCGGAUUUCGCCUUCACCGCCGUGUUGUUCGAUGGCAGCGUGGUCACCUGGGGUGAUGAAGCCAGUGGCGCUGAUAGUAGCCAUGUACAACAGGAUCUCUUCGCGGUGAAGCAGGUGGUCGCCACUUGCGACGCCUUUGCAGCGCUUCGUCAGGAUGGCCGUGUGGUCACCUGGGGCGACGGCGCCGCGGGCGGCGACAGCAGCACGGUGCAGGAGCAGCUGCGAGGUGUCCGGCAGGUCUUUGCCUCGUCGAGGGCCUUCGCUGCAGUGCGUCACGAUGGCAGUGUCGUGACCUGGGGUGAUGAGGCCUGCGGUGGCGACAGCAGUUUGGUCCAAAGCCAACUGCAGGGCGUGCGGGAGAUCGCGGCCUCCUCGCAAGCCUUCGCGGCCAUUUUAGACGAUGGACAUGUGGUCACCUGGGGCAACAAGGCCUCCGGAGGAGAUAGCCAACGUGUUCAAGGGGAACUCCAUUCUGUUGAACAAGUUCAAGGUUCCCGAGGGGCUUUUGCCGCCUUGCGAGAGGAUGGUAAGCUCAUCACAUGGGGACAUGCAGCUUUUGGCGGCAGUGGGCCGCUAGGAAGCUGAUGGCUCGGCCCGGUGGGCGCACGAUGGGCUCGGCCCGGAAUGGAACACAGCAGAUCAAGGGAGAUGAGGGACUGGAAAUGACACGAAAUGCAUCAAUCAUUGCGGC